AAGUACAGUCAAUUUUUAUUCACAAGAAAAAAAAACAGCUGGUGUACGAAAAAAAAAAAGAAAGCAUCAAAAAUGCCAGCUUCAAAGCGGGGAACCGAGGAGCCCCUUGAUCCUCAAGCCAAAUCCAGGAGGUUGGAUGACGACAGCGAAGCACUCCGGAUUGAAACCACACCAGCAACCAACAUCAGGUCCCUCAAAGAAAUCCAUAUGCAAGAACAGAUAGACACUGCUGCCCCUCGGACCAAGAGGAAAUUGUCAGAAGAAGAAGAAGAAGAAGUGGGAGGGAACCCAGCCAAGUCAUGCCGACAGAGUUCCCCUCUCAGAUGCACUUUAGGUCCAUCCGUCACAAAACACACAAGUGCCAUCUGUCCGGAAGCUCGAUCAGACGGUGUUAACGCAGAGUCCGAUGACGACAACAUGACCGGCGACAGCAGCAACCAUGGACUUUUCACUGAGAGCGACAAUUCAAGUUGCAUCAAGAAAUACUCAAACCGAGUACGAACCAAGCCGGGCUGUGACUUGUUGAAAGUGAGUGAAGAGUUAGCACCCUCGACAACAGACUUUUUACAGAAUGAGCACAGUUAUGGUAGAGCAUCAGACUCCAGUCUUUACAGUUCAGCCAAUUCUGCGGAAAACACCACAAAGGAAAAUUUAAGCAUUGAAUGUACAGCAGCUGGUGUCAAAUUCACAGCUGAAAACAUGGACAGAAAAAUAACAGAGGGCCGUUGUCUCACAGCUAACAAUGCCAUAGCGUCGUCCGUGAUGGACUCUAAUUCAGAGGCUGCUGCCACCAUUAAAGGCCAGUCAGUGGGAACAUUUUGUUCGAUAAACGGAGAUGUAAAUCUCGAAAAGUUAAUCCACGGAACAAAUUGUCAAACAGAUUGUAGCAGUGAAUAUAAAGAGACUGUUUCAAGUGUGAUAAAGCAGGAUUUAACACAAAAUACAGAGCAGCGGAGGCAUGAAAUGAAGGCAGAUAGUGUCUUAAUGAGUCUUUAUGACAUAUGCGGAGAAGAUCAGAUGCCCCCCACUGCCACAGCUGAAGAAAUUGUAGUAGAAAGUUGUAACUCUGAGACUAGCAGUGAAGAAAAUCAUACAACCAAGUCAAAUAGAAGCCCAUAUACUCAGGCACCAGAAACCAACUCUGACCAAAACCGAGAGAGUCAGUUUGAAGAACUUCUAACGUCAGCAUCUGAGAAUCAGACUGAAGAAAACCCAACUGUUACGGACACUGAUAACAACUGGAAUAGUAAGAUUGAGAUACCAAACCAAUUCAAUAGAAAUUCGGCAAGUAAGAUUGAAGAUAAUUUAACAAUAGCUUUAGAGAGAAACCCAGAGAGGCAUAUUCAGGAAAAUCAAGGAAGUCACAUCAAAGAAAAUGUGAUAUCAGCAGAGCCCGAUAGAAAACCAACGUGCCAAAUUGAAUUAGAGAGCAAUAGAACCUCAGAGUGUCCAGCUGAGUCAGUCCUUGUAGGAAUUCACAAUGCAGAGAGUGCAGGCCAGCAAAUUCAGAUGGAUCCAACUAAUGACACCGAAGAAGCAAUGGAAUCUUCUGUAAACCCAGCGAGUCAAAUGGAAAUAAACCUAACUGCGACAGAGUCCGAUAAAUACCCAGACAGUCCGGCCGAAGAUUUAUUGAUUUUGAAGGAAACCGUUCCCUCGUUAGAAGAGGUCCUCGUUGAAAGUUAUAAUGCACUGGGUCAAAUCAAGUCCCGUCAAAGUCCAGAGAAUGCAACUGACGAAAAUAUGACAAAAAUAGAACAAACUCAAACAACACCAAUAGAUGAUUUGUCCACUUCUAAGAAAACGGUUCCCACAUCACAAGAGGUUCUCAUUGGAAGUCUUAACGCACAAAUUGAAAAACCUCAAAUAGAUAAUGCUGUUCAAGAAAAUGUAACAGUGGAGUGCUAUAGUCAACCAGAAACUGAAGAAAAUGUAGCCGAAAAUCUGUCACUUUCAACGGAACCAACACCACAAGGGGUCCUGGUUAACCAUUUUACUGCAGAGAGUCAAAUUGAAGAGGUCGGAGAAAGCCUACGAGGUCAAACUGAAGAAGUAAAUCCAAUAUCAGUGGAGUCUGAUAGAAAUCCAAUAACUCCUGAUGAAGAAAAUGUAUUAGCAAGUCCUUCACUUUCACAAGAAACUGAAAACCACUCACUACAAGAGGUGCUUGCCGACUGUUUUAAUGUAGAGAGUCAAGUUAAAGAACAUCAAAUGGUGUCCGAUGGUGACCCAGAGAAUCAAAAUGAAGAAAAUCUAACAGCAGUGGAAGAUGGUAAAAACUUUGAGAGUCAUGUUGAAGAUCUGUCACUUUCAGAAGAAAGUGAACCAACAUCACCAGAGGUCCUCGUGGACAGUUUUAAUGAAGAGGAAUAUCAAAUAGAGUCAAAUAAGGCAGAAAAUGGAACUGCAAUGGACUCUGAUAAAAACCUAGCGUGUCACCUAGAUCUUUUACGUAUGCAAGAUACCGAACCCAUGGCACAGGAGAGCCUUUUAGGAAGCCGUAAUUCAGAGGGCGAACUGGAAUCUGACCAACACGCAGAGUGUCAACUUGAAGAAAAUCUUACAUCAAUGGAGUCAGUGGAUCCUUCACCUUCAAAGGGAACUGAACCCAUACAACAAGAAGUCCUUGUAGGAUGUCUCAGUGCAGGGCGUCAAGUCGGGGAAAAUCCAGUGGAGUUGGAUAAAAACCCACAGAGUCAAGUUGAAGAAAAUCUACUAAUAAUGAACUCCAGUAGAAAGACUGAACAAAAUGUGACGAAGCAAACUGAAGCCACCCCACAGGAGGUCCUUAGAGACUUUUUUAAUGCCGAAGGUUUGGUUGAGGAGAAGCAUAUGAAGUCUGAGAGUCGCAUCCACGAGAAUUUCUCUGAACAAAAGCUGGAGCAAGCACGAGGUUCACUUGACAGCCUAAAAAAAACAACUGAGGUGUUGACACCAGACUGUGAGGCGGCCGACAAGCAAAACAGCACAAUGGAGAUGGCCCAUGAAUGUGUCACUGUCUCGCAGCAUCAGACAGAUGUGGAAAUGCCAUCGGAGGGAAGAUUUACCACUGCGACGCUUCAGGAGGAAAUCGAUAUUCACCCCACACAAAAUGUUGAUGACGUUUCAAAUACGGAUAUGAUGAGUGGAAAUUUCUCAAUUUUGGAAAAGGAAAAUAGGCAUUUUGAAGAUUCUACAGCAGUGAUGAACAAAGUGAGCAUCACGGCUUCAGCUGCCUCAGAGAAUGUGGAGCAUCCUCCUUAUUCGCUGGAAAUAGACCCUCACAAUAACAAUGAACCAAGAAGUCACAGAGAGAUUAAUAUUGGAAUUACUGAAUCUGCAGAAAAUGAAGACAAAGUGAAAUUAGAAUACAUUACUGAGGACUCAAUCAGUUCUAAUUCAGAAAAAGUACAAGAUGUUAAAUUCCAGGACAGCCCAAAAGUGAGCAAUCACAUCACUGAUGUAUCUGCUGUUAUACAGAAAGAUUUAGCACCUACAAAUAUCAAAAGCAGCGGAACUGAAGAACAAAUUGCUGUUCUGGAGAAAAAGGAAAAAACUCAUGAGGGUGAAGAGAUGGAGUUAAGUCAAAACAGCCACAAUGUCUGUGAAUAUGAAAACAAUAUGAAUGUUGUCCCUGUGGCAACAUCUGUGAGCCCAGCUGAUCUCCAAAUGCAGAGAAAUAAAGACUUAGUGAACCUUCUGGAGGAAACCAAAACUCAAAUAAGCCAAGCAGAAGUGGACAUGCAUCCAACAGCAGAUAUGUCUUCUGAAGCCCUCAUAGAAGAAAACCAGGAAGAGGCAACAUUUCCUGAUGCUCAUAAUAGUCAGGCAGAAAUAUCCAUGGAGCAUGAAGAUUCCGUCGCACAGGAGAAUCUUACUACGUCAGCAUCUGAGAUUUCUUACGAGACACAAAACCUAGAAGGUCAAAUGUGGGAAACCUCUCACUUGGAAAUACAUCAUGAAACUGAGCUGUCUCAUGAGGUUUGUGAAGACGCCAUGACCGAUCAUUCUUCAAAUAAAGAUGAUGCAAUAAACCUUAACCAUGCGCAUUUGCUACAAAAUCCACAAACAACAUCAGCACCAGGGGAUUCUGACCUAGCUGGAAGCGACGAGAAGCAAGAAGUCGAAGAACUUGCGCCGGGCAUAUGUGAUGUUCAAACAGCUCCAGAUUUUACCGCAAAUGGCUGCCAUGAAAACAUGGGUACCGCAGUGUGUGUUACACAAGUAGAAAUGGACUUCAGGACAAUAGUAGAAGGAGAGGAAAUGCGCAAGGAGGCCAGUGAAUCUACACUUGUCGUCUCAAUCUUGGAGAAUGAGGAUGUCACAGAGGUCGUCGCCAGAAGUUCAGAGGAUGCUGUGAACCAAGCAGAAAUGGACAUGCCAUCAGCACCGGAGUCCGUCUCAAAGAUUUCAGCUUCUACUAAGGAAAUACAAUUGCAGAAUGAAGACAAUUUAUGUGUUAUUGCAGAGGUUCAUCUCAAUAACACUUUUGUAGAAACGGGAGCCACUUCUAAUGCUGUAACUACUUUAGUUCAGCAAGUCGAAGAGGUGGCGAAAGUUACCAGUACUUUGGCUCUUGUUGAUUCUGGAAAUACUAGUCUUGAUCAUAUGGAUGUUUUGCGUGAAUCUGUUUAUUCAACAUUAGAAAAGGAGACAAGUUGGCAAGAUGAGGACGCUACUGCAAAGAUGUUCAGUAAUCGUGACACUGUAGGAGAAGAUUCUGAAUGUGAUGUCGUCCAAAUUCUUGUUUUGGCCCAACCGGCUGACACUGCUACUGUACCCCAAUCUUCAGAAGAGCAGAAUGAGGCAGUCAGUCAAUCACAAAUUGAAAACCAGAUUGUGUAUGAGCCCAUUAGUAGUCCAGAGAGUAGCGAAGAUGCAGAUGCUGCUAUAGCUUUGGAGAAUCAAAGUUUUAUGUCUUUAAAGGACAUACCAAGUAUUCUCGACACAAAGGAGGCCUUGUCUACAAAUGAAUGCAUGCAGGCUAGUCUUUUGCAACUGGAAAAUGUGGAAACUGCUAAAGAAGAGCAGGCAGGAUGCCAAGCAGUUGUUGAAAUGAUGAAGCUACAAACGACCACCACUUUUCCAGACACUGAUGCAGUUGGAAAAGCUGUGACUCCUGCGGAGAAGCAAGAUUUGUGGUCUUCACAGUACAUACCAAGUACUCAAGACAUGAUGGAGGACUUGACGACUAAUGAAAGCAUGGAGGCUUAUCGUUUGAAACUAGGAAGUAAAAAAACUACUAAAGAACUACUGACAGAUGACCAAACAGCAGUUGAAAUGGAGGAGGUACGCCAGACCACCACAGUUUCAGAGAGUAAUGGAGAUGAUACUACUGAUUUCGAGACACAAGCAUUGGUGUCUUUAGAGGAGGUAACAAGUGCUCAAGGCACAAAGGCGAACCUGCUUGCUCAUGAACGCGCAGAGAAUAGUCAUUUGCAACUGGAAAAUGGUGAAAGCGCAAAAAAGGAACAGAUAGAUGGCCAAGUUGCAGUUGAAAUGGAGGUAGAACAGACUACAACUGUUCCAGAGUGUAGUCCAAGAGGUAACAGAGAUGGAGAUGCUGCUGUGGCUUUGGUGAAGCAAUAUUUGGCGACUUCAGAGGCUGUAUCUAAGACUCAAACCAUAAAGGAGGACUUGUGUACUAAUGAAAGCAAGGAGGCUAGUCAUUUGCACCUAAAAAAUAACGAAACGGUUAAACAAAACUCGACAGGUGACCAAACAGCAGUUGAAAUGGAGGAAUUACAACAGACCACCACAGUUCCAGAGCGUAAUGGAGAUUCCACUACUAAUUUGGAAAAGAAAGAUUUGGUGUCUUUCGAGAAUGUUCCAAGUUCUCAAGAAACAAAGGAGGACUGGCCUCCUAAUGAAAGUGCAGAGGCUAGUCAUUUUCAACUGGAAAAUGAUGAAAGCACAAAAGAGGAACAGACAGAUGGCCAAGCAGCAGUUGAAAUGGAGGUACAGCAGACCACCACUGUUCCAGAGAGUAGUCCAGAGAGUAGCAGAGAUGGAGAUGCUGUUGUGGCUUUGGAGAAGAAAGAUUUGGUUUCUUUAGAGGAUGUACCAAGUACCCAAGAAACGAAGGAAGACUUGUCUACUAUUAAAACCAUGGAAGCUAAUCAUUUGCAUUUGGACUUAAAUAAAACUGCUAAACAAGAACUGAAAGAUGACCAAGCAGCAGUUGAAAUGGAGGAAUUAAAACAGACCACUAAAGUUCCAGAGAGUAAUGAAGAUAGAGAUGCUGCUACUCAUUUUGGGAAGCAAGAUUUGGUGUAUUUCGAGAAAGUACAAAGUACUCAAGGAACAAAGGAGGACAGGCCUACUAAUGCAAGUGCAGAGGCAAGUCAUUUGCAGCUGAAAAAUAAUGAAAGUGCCAAAGAAGAACAGACAGAUGGCCAAGCAGUCGUUGAAAUGGAGGUACAACAGACCACCACUGUUCCAGAGAGUAACAGAGAUGGAGAUGCUGUUGUGGCUUUGGAGAAGAAAGAUUUGGUUUCUUUAGAGGAUGUACCAAGUACCCAAGAAAUGAAGAAAGACUUGUCUACUAUUAAAACCAUGGAAGAUAAUCAUUUGCAUCUGGACUAUAACAAAACUGCUAAACAAAAACUGACAGACGACCAAGCGUCAGUUGAAAUCCAGGAAUUAAAACAGACCACCACAGUUCCAGAGAGUAAUGAAGAUAGAGAUGCUGCUACUCAUUUUGGGAUGCAAGAUUUGGUGUAUUUCGAGAAAGAACAAAGUACUCAAGGAACAAAGGAGGACAGGCCUACUAAUGCAAGUGCGGAGGUAAGUCAUUUGCAGAUGGAAAAUAAUGCAAGUGCCAAAGAACAACAGACAGAUGGCCAAGCAGUCGUUGAAAUGGAGGUACAACAGACCACCACAGAGAGUAGUCCAGAGAGGAACAGAGAUGUAGGUGCAGAUGUUGGUGUGGCUUUGGAGAAGAAAGAUUUGGUUUCUUUAGAGGAUGUACCAAGUACACAAGACAUUGAGGACCUGUCAACUAAUGAAAGCAUGGAAGCUAGUCAUUGGCACCUGGAAAAUAACAAAACUGCUCAACAAGAACUGACACAGAACCAAUCAGCCGUUGAAUUGGAAGAAUUACAACAGACCACCACAGUUCCAGAGAGUAAUGGUGAUGGAGAUGCAGCUACCAAUUUGGAGAAGCAAGAUUUGGUGUCUUUAGAAAAAUUACCAUGUGCUCAUAACAGAAAAGAGGACAUGCCUAUGAAUAAAAGUGUGGAGGCUAGUGAUUUGCAACUGGAAAAUGAUGAAACUGCCAAAGAAGAACCGACAAAUGGCCAAGCAGCAGUUGAAAUGGAGGAUGUACCAAGUACCCAGGAAACGAAGAAGCACUUAUCUGUUAAUGAAAGCGUGGGCGCUAGUUAUUUGCAACUUGAAAAUGUGAACACUGCUGAAGAAUGUACAGACGUCCGAGCAGUAGUUGAAAUGGAGGUAGAACAGACAACCAUAGUUUCAGAGAGUAACAGAGCUGGAGAUGCUGCUGUGGCUUUAGAGAUACAAGAUUUGUUAUUUUUAGAGGAUUUACCAAAUUCCCAAAACACAAAGGAUGACUUGCAGCUGGAAAAUGAUGAAAAUGCCAAAGAAGAAAAGACAGAUGGCCAAGCAGUAGUUGAAAUGGAGGUACAACAGACCACCACAGUUUCAGAGAGUACUCCAGAGAGGAACAGAGAUGGAGAUGCAGAUGCUGGUUUGGCUUUGGAGAAGAAAUAUUUGGUUUCUUUAGUGGAUGUACCACGUACACAAGAAAUUGAGGACUUGACUACUAAUGAACUCGUGGAAGCUAGUCAUUUGCACCUGGAAAAUAACAAAACUGCUAAACAAGAACUGACACACAACCAAGCAGCCGUUGAACUGGAGGAAUUACAACAGACCACCACAGUUCCAGAGAGUAAUGGAGAUGGAGAUGCAGCUACUAAUUUGGAGAAGCAAGAUUGGGUGUCUUUAGAAAAAUUACCGAGUGCUCACAACAGAAAAGAGGACAUACCUACUAAUGAAUGUGUGGAGGCUAAUGAUUUGCAACUGGAAAAUGAUGAAAGUGCCAAAGAAGAACCGACAAAUGGCCAAGCAGCAGUUGCAAUGAAGGAUGUACCAAGUACCCAGGAAAUGAAGGAGGACUUAUCUAUUAAUGAAAGCGUGGGCGCUAGUUGUUUGCAACUGGAAAAUGUGAAAACUGCUGAAUGUACAGGCAUCCAAGCAGUAGUUGAAAUGGAGGUAGAACAGACAACCACAGUUCCAGAGACUAGUCCAGAGAGAAGCAGAGCUGGAGAUGCUGCUCUGGCUUUAGAGAUGCAAGCUUUGUUGUCUUUAGAGGAUUUACCACAUGCCCAAGACACGAAGGACGACUUGCAACUAGAAAAUGAGGAACCUUCCAACUUAGAAAAGACAGAUGCACAAGCAGCAGUUGAAGUGAUGGAACUACAACAGACCACCACAGCUCCAGAGAGUUUCACAUCAUCUGCUACAGUCGUCAAUGAACCAGCUGACUUCGCCUGGGAAGAAAGGGUUGUGUCUACAGAUUCUGUGGUUGUGGCAGAGGCUUCUGAACACCUGGAGGACGACCUCCUAGUGACGCCACCUUCGGCUGUCCCUGCUGUACCAGACCGUAGAUCUGAGCAAUAUGUCAUUCUAGAGCCGGUCACAGAGGGCGAAAUUCACUUAGACAUCGUCUCUCAAGCCGCUGCCGCAUCAGGUUUGUCCAACCCCUGUUUGUUGAACCAGGUGGAUCCAAACUGCAUGUUCACAGCUACAAACGGACCCCAACAGACCUGCCUUUUGAAGACUGAAGAGCAGCCCGCUAAGGUCAAAGAUGUUGCAGUGACUCCUUUAGGUGAAGAGGCAGAAGGUUUAACUGCACCACCUUCAGAAGAACAUAUUGAGUUGACUCCGGACCGCUCCCCUCAACCAUCAUCCAUCAUGGUAGAAACAGCCGAUCCUCAACCUCAUGGCGUGAACUUUGAGGUGACAGAGGACGCCGGGGGUGACUUGGCCCUCCAAGAGUUGCAAAUUCUGGAAGACAUGGAGAUCGGUCAUGAGAUUGUCGUGGUCGAGGUCGGCAACGAAGAAGACAGCGAUAUUAUGAUUUUAGAAAAAGCCGCUACUCAAGGACCUUCUCUUCAAAAGGCAGUGGAAAAGACUGAAAAUGAAGCUGUUUUAAACACAAACAAUGUAUCUUUAAAGCCCGACAUUAACAGCAAUAUUGUCCUUGAGAAGCCCAAAAAGCAAGAAAUGAACACCCAAGCGAGAACCAAAGCGCGUCUGGCUGCUCUGGCAGAGCAGAAAGCUGCCACCAUGAAGAGAACAGCCAACAAGCAGCAGCUCAACCUCUUAGCCUUGUGUCAGGAAAUUGCUGAGGACAUUGCCACGGACAGCAUGCUGUUAAAGAGGAUUGAGGAGGAAAAACAAGCGGUGGCUAAAAGUGAGGCCGCCAAGAAGGAAAAUCCACCUGUGAGCGUGCAGGAAGUAGCCGCCAUUGACGUCAAACCUCCCGCUGAAACCGAAAGCUCCUCAGAAAAGGUGCCCCAUGCUGAGGAGCCCCCUGUGGUGGAGCCUCCCAGUGCUGAAUCCAAGGUGGCAGAGGACCCGCCAAAGAGGCGUUUCUUCGUCUCACAAGUUUCCGUACCGCUGAAGGCCCACGAGAAGAAGAAACUAACUCGAUAUCAAAAGCUAAGACAGGUCGAACUCCAAAGGGAGAAAAUGUCAUGGGCACGCAUGAAGAAAAUGAAGUCUGACCAGGCCAAUCAAAUGUUCUCGGACAUGGACUGGCAAGCAUCAAUGUUUACACCUGCUCUGUUUUCCACCAAUGCCACGACCACUGGUCCUGCACCCAAAGCCAGUUCAUCCCUGCUUCCAAGUCCUGCCUUAAGUAGCAAACCAGCAUCACCCAAGCCAGAACCUCCUGUGGUUGAGAUUCUCAAUAUUGAAGCUGCUAAAACGGAACCACCUAAAGUGGACGCCUCCAAGACUGAACUAGAGGUCAACACUGAACCCCCUAAAACGGAAACACCUCCGACUGAACCCACUAAAGCUGAAAACACGAGAAUAACAAGGCAAAGUAGUAAGUCUCAGGCCCCUAAGGUGACUCCUCCUCCAGCUCCCACUCCAAAAGUCACCAGAUCGUCCACCAGGAGAUCUCUGCCGGCUGUACCCCCACCCAUGCCCAACGGACUUAAGGCGUCAAAACCUCAGCCUGUCGAGUACAAACCAUACAAACCACGGCCCAGGUAUUCACCAGAUGAUUUUGAACUUGACGAUGAUCCGUUACCAGCGCCUCCAAAAAGGUCUGGUCCUCUGCCCAGGCCUAACCAGCCCCAAAGUCGGUGUAGUCCCCUGGUCCAAUCGAAAGCCACGCCCCAACUUGCCAGCCAGCCAAAACUUAAACCCUUAACCACCUCUGCUGGACAUAUCCCAGGUCAGUCAAAACCUGUCAUUUCAACCGCUGCGCAGUCCAAACCUGCCUGUUCUCCCAGUCAACAGCAUGCCAUCGCCACAACCCCUCAGUCAAAAGCCUCCAUCACAUCUGCUCCCGUCAAACCGUCCGCUGUAGUUCUUCAAUCAAAACCUGCCUCGGCUGCGACUCAAUCGCAGCAGGCGCCGUCUGUUUUGCCCCACCUGAAAACUACUGGCGCUGCCCCAGCUCAGACCACCCAGCCAGCAGCUUCAAACACGUCCCAGAUGAAGGCUGGUGGUCUUCAGGCAGAGGGAGUUUCAGGUCCCGCGAAAAACUUCCAACUUCAGGCAACAACAGACACGAAAAGCAAGGAUACUGCUGCUGCUUCAAGUUCAUCAAGUCCACCUAAAAGUCCCCCUCCAUCGAAAGAGAACGCUAAUCCUUCUGAUGCACAGCAAUGCGAAGAAAAGCCUGCAGUUGCUGAUGAGUGCCAAAAGACCAAUACCUCCAGGAUAGCCCAGGAUGCAUCAGAAACAUCUUGUCAAGAUGGUGUGGUGAAGCAGCAUGAGUUACAGACUCCUCUCUCUGACGCGGGUCUGCAAAGAGAAGUCAAGAAACUAAAGGAGGCUGACAAAGAUGAUAGCCAAACUGUCAUUGAUGCAGGACAGAAGCACUUUGGAGCCGUGGCCUGCAGCGUGUGUGGGAUGCUGUACUCUGCCGCCAACCCCGAGGACGAAUCGCAACAUUUGCUGUUCCACAACCAGUUUAUCAGUGCCGUCAAAUACGUGGGCUGGAAAAAGGAGAGGAUCCUGGGAGAAUUUCCCGAUGGCAAAAUCAUUCUUGUCCUGCCUGAUGAUCCCAAAUACGCCCUCAAGAAGGUUGAAGAAAUACGGGAGAUGGUGGACAAUGACCUUGGCUUCCAGCAGGUGGGGACAAAGUGUCCCUCCCUGACAAAAACCUUUCUCUUCAUCACCAACGACAAGAAAGUGGCGGGAUGCCUCAUAGCAGAGCACAUCAAUGAGGGCUUCCGGGUGAUCGAGGAGCCCGAACCCGAGGGCUCGGAAGGGGAGAAGGUGAUGUUUGAGCGUCAAAGGGCGUGGUGCUGCUCCACCACGGCCGAGCCGGCACUGUGCGGGAUCAGCCGCAUAUGGGUGGUGAGCAUGUUGAGACGGCAAGCCAUCGCCUCGCGCUUGGUCGAGUGCCUCAGAAACAACUUCAUCUACGGUUCCUACCUGAGCAAAGAUGAGAUCGCCUUCUCGGAUCCGACGCCUGACGGCAAGCUUUUCGCCACGCACUACUUCGGCACCUCGCAGUUUUUGGUGUACAACUUUGUCAGCGGGACGCACUCCCCACGCCCCAAAACUGACUCUGUAUGACGGUCGAGCACAGAGGUGAGGGCGACACCGAGAGUGGACACGCCCUCGCCAAAAGACGUCUGAUGGACCUCAAUUGUUUUUCCCCCCACAAAAUGGACACACCUUGGUUCCAAUCUCAGGAUGAACAGAUUCACCCUUUCUGCUCACAUAACAGAUUUAUUUUAAACUACCACUGAAUAUUGGGGCCACCCUGAAAAGAAAAAAAUGAUAAUUCAACUGCAGGGUUGAUGGCAUCAUUUUAGGAGAAUAAAUUUGGAUAUAUUUUUUAGAUAAACCAAAGAUCAGUUUUUAUAUUCAAAAUGUACCCUUGUUUUUCAGGAAAACAUAGCUAUUCUCAUAGUAUGAAUCGAAAAAAUACGUAACUCACUAUUUGCUUGAAAACAUGCAGUUCUGAGGACCGGGGUUCAAAUCCCGGCCCUGCAAGAGAGUUUGCAUGUUCUCCCCGUGCCUGCGUGGGUUUUCUCCGGGCACUCCGGUUUCCUCCCACAUCCCAAAAACAUGCAUUGAUUGGAGACUCUAAAUUGCCCGUAGGCAUGGCUGUGAGUGCGAAUGGUUGUUUGUUUCUAUGUGCCCUGCGAUUGGCUGGCGACCAGUUCAAGCCUCUCGCCAGGAGAUAGCUGGGAUAGGCUCCAGCACGCCCGCGACCCUUGGAUGAGCGGAACGGAAGACGAAUGAAUGAAUGUUACAACUAAGUUCUGGGUAAUGAAUGCGUUUAUCUUAAAUUCCAAUAGCUUGAAGUGACUUGAAAUCAUACGAGUUUAUUCUCGCAAAAUCAUUUUUAUCUCGAAAAUAUACGCCUUUAUUCUCCUAAAAUUAAGACUUCAAUCUGCAAAAUAGUUGGGUUUUUUUCCCCUCUCCAAAAUAUGCAACUUUAAUUUUGUGGAGAUUUUUAUUUUUUAUUCCCCCCCCCUCCUUCCAGUAUGGCCCUCAUACUCCUUUGUACGACACGAAUCAUGUCCGUUUUUUACUAUGUAUUUUAUUCCCAUGCAUUAACAUGCAAUCAAGUACAUGGUGUUCCCCCCCCAAUGGCUGCUCACUUUUUAAACCCUUUUUACUCCCCUCCAUCAUGUUUUAUCACAACAUUUCAAACUAACAAUGUGAGAACUUCUUAUCUAAAGAAGAAAUGUUUAGAACUGUAGCUUGGGCAUUUUUUUAAAACUUUUUUUUUUAGCUCGCAUAUUUGCUGAGCCAUAUACUGUUCGCCAUCAAAGCGGCAGGGCAUUGUAACCUAUACCAUAAAAAUAUUUUUUGCGGUUUAUUUCACCCAGGCUGGCCAUUCUGCUUUGAUGUUGUGCCUGAAUUUCAUUAACAGUGUGACUUAAUUCCUUUUUGGUUUUUUUACAUAGUUAGUGAACAGUUAUCAUCCUUCUUUUCCUUAAUAACUUACACUGUACUAUAUCAAACGGUCGUGUAGAUAAAUGCGUACUAUAACAUUUAUAAUAAACGAUGUGGAAGGUCUGAAAGGCUCUUUUUUCCCCCCCCUCCCUCUUAUGACUGUGCAUACAUUUGAUUUAUACAAAAAGUUGUAAAUAUUUAUUUAAAUAAUAAACAGU